GUAGGUAUAAGGCUUACAUUUAAAUGCCUCAGACUCGUUUCUGCUAAAUUUGAGCGAGGAUGUUAUGUGCUGUAUGAGCCUAGGGGUGGGAGGGGACAUGAGGAGACAAAGUGUGAGGUUGAGGACAAGUGAGUGAGAGACAGAGAGAGAGAGAUAGAGAGAGAGAGAGAGAGAGAGAGAGAGAGAGAGAGAGAGAGAGAGAGGCAAAAGUGCAAAGGGAAGAAAGAAGAUUUAAAUGCAGAUUGCAGGACGAAGGAUCCUGGAGAAAUGAACACACUUUGGACUGCAGGACUCACAACGCACACUCGUACGACCCUGAUUCUGAUUCCAGCACAUUGUCGAUGAAGGCAAGCGUUCAGCGUUGACUGCAGGGAGUCAUGGUCUCCAUGUAUUUCCGUUGGUUGGUCCUUGUGAUGUUCAUCGCAUUCACCGUCGCUGGAAACGUGUUGGUGUGUUUAGCGGUUUGUACGAGUCGCCGUCUUCACCGUAUCAGCAGCUGCUUUGUGGUUGCUCUUGCUGUGACGGAUCUGCUAGUCGGCCUGCUUGUGCUUCCUCUCAGUGCCACAUUAGAGCUGCACAACGGUCGCUGGCCAUUAGGGGGCACCGUUUGCAACAUCUAUCUCUCUGCAGAUGUGACAUUAGGCACCGCUUCGAUCUUCACGUUGCUCGCCAUCAGUGUAGAUCGUUACAUGGCUAUUUCUGCGCCACUCAGCUACACAACGAGGCUUACACCAGCACGAGCUGCAGCAGUGAUUCUGGUUAUUUGGAUCGCUUCCCUUACAGUGGCCUUCGCUCCCAUCCACAUGGGCUGGAACACAGUAGAUUUCCAAGUGCAGAACAACGACUGGAGAAUGGGAGAUGAGGGAGACAAGGGUCGGACUUGCCGUUACGAGUGGAACAAUAAUUACGUGCUGCUCGUCGCCUUCUGCAUCUACUUCUUCCCUCUGCUGCUCAUGUGUGGGAUGUACCACCGCAUCUUCAGCAUGGCACGUGAACAGGUCCGUCGUAUUCGUGCAGCCACUCCAUCCGGCACUCGUUCAUCAACAUGUCUGAGGGGGGCCACACUAAGGGAACACAAAGCCACCGUGACUCUGGCUGCCGUGCUUGGAGUCUUCAUUGUCUGCUGGCUGCCGUACAUCGUCUUCUUCACCUGCAUGGGCCUGAGGCAUGAGACGGAGCCACCACAAGUCGCGCACUCCAUAGUGCUCUGGCUGGGUUACUUCAACUCGGCCCUGAACCCAAUCCUGUACCCUGCCCUGAACCGAGACUUCAGACAUGCCUACGGUCAUCUGCUGCACUGCAGGAAGCCACACAAGAAUGUCCAACAAAACCCCAGGAAAAGAAAGAAGCAUCUUUUCUAACAAGUUUCAGAGUGAAAACAAAUGCAGCAAUCUCCACCAGGAAGAUGUGAAUGAUGACGCAAGACCAGAACAUUCCACUUAGCAUUUAUAUUCACAUUUGCUUUAAUUUUGUGCCUGAAUAAAUAACAUUGACACAAACAUAACAUGUCAAAGAAAACAAGAGGAUAUCUGGAAUAAACGUAUGGUCCGAGUUCUUCAUGUCUCCUUGAUUGGUGUGUAUGUAGAUGGAACUCCUUUGAUGAUGCCUUCUUAGGACUAAAGUGGAUGAAAACACAAGCAUCGACAGAGUGAGGUGACAUGGUGCUUAUUUUUAAUAAGAUAUGGCCAUGAGAUAAUGCUGAUAAGUCUGAUAUUCCACAGUAUAUGAAGUCAUGUGUCUCAAGAAGUCAUGGCUACAAGAUACCAGUGAACUCUGAAUGUCUGAUGUGGCACUGAAAUAUUAUCUCAUAGCAUUAAUGUAUAAUCUCGUGGCUUUACCAUGUCUCACUGUAUUAUCUCUUGGUCACAGUAUAUUGUCUUGUGGCCUGAGUAUAUUAUCAUGUUGCUUCAAUUUAUUAUCUCAUGGACUCAAUGUAUUACUUAUUAGCCUCAAAUUUAAAUUUGUCACUUUAUUAUGUCUUAUCUCAUGUAAUCAAUGUAUUAUCUCGUUUAAUAAAUGUAUUAUCUCAUGGUUUUUAUAUAUUACCUAGUGCCACAGAUGUAUUAUCUUAUGGCCUCAAUGUAUUACUGGUAGCCUUACAAUACGAACUCAACUUCUAAAUUUAUUAUCUCAUUUCCUCAGUAUAUUAUCUCAUGGCUAAGUGUAUUAUUAAGUGGCCUCAAAAUAUUAACUUUUUGCUUUAUUGCAUUAUUUCAUGGGCUUUUCUUUUAGCCCUUAACAUAUUAUCUCAUAGCAUAAGUACAGUAUAUUAUCUUAAAGUAUUAACUCAGGGCUUAUUUAUUUUACAGAUUGGCCUUGAUACAUUAUCUCAUGGUCACAAUAGAUAAAAUCUCUGUGUUUUAUCUUGUCAAUUUAAUUUAUUAUCUCAUGGCCUCAUUGUAUUAUCUCAUGGCAUAAAUAUAUUAAAUGUAGCUACACCUUAUUAAAAAUAAGUCUCCUCAGCAGGCUGGAAGGUUUAGCAUUUGUCCUAAAUUUAGUUUUUCUGGCUUUCCAAUGCUACAACGAUUAAAAGAAGUUUUUUUUGUGUGUAAUGCUAGCUACAUUAUUUUAAUGUUUCAACUCCUUGUUAUAGACUGAAAUGAACUCAUUUGUAAAUAGAAACACCAAGUGAAUGUGAAUUCUGAGA